AUGGAAUUAAACGACUCGGAUGAGGAGAAUCUGGAAGCUCUCCUGUUUCGCAAGGCUAGCGAACGGCGAAGAAAGCGAUCACGUCACUCCCCUCGUCGUGGAUCCUCACCUUUUACUUGGGAUGGUGACCCACACGCUCGAGAUCGGCGAAGAUUAUCAUCAUUUACUACAUCAUCUGGAGAUGAAACAGCAGUUUCCAUCGACGACGCUGACAUGACAGACGAAGAAAUACUAGAAAACAUGAGGCUAUACAAGCAGGUCAUCGAAUCCAUCAAGAACCAGCCCUGGAGGAUGAAAACGAAGUACAAGACACUACGACGAGCCAAAGCUUAUGUUAAUAAACAUGAAGGCGAACUAGUUCACAGCAAACGAUCAAAAGACAUAGUGGCAAAGUACAAACUGUUGUUGAGUAAGUGGUUCCAGAGAUUAGAAAGAGGGAUGGCAAAUCUUGUUGUUACUCUAACUCCUUGGGCCAUGAGGAUUAAAAGGAUCGAGAGUCACUUUGGAUCUGUAGUGGCGUCUUAUUUCACAUUUCUUCGUUGGGUUUUUUGGAUCAAUUUUUUUAUCACUACAUUUGUGUGCUGUUUCUUAAUGGUACCUGAGGUUUUGCGAGGCCAAGAUGACCCAACAGGGAUGCGGAAAGAAAUUGAGACUGAAGAACAAGAUAGUGCUUUAAACUUGAAGGCAAUAUGGGACUUCGAGGGUUAUCUGAAAUACUCUCCAAUAUUCUACGGCUACUACAGUAACAGAGAAAUGACUGAAGAGGGUUAUCGCCUACCACUGGCUUACUUCCUCACUUCUUUAGCUGUGUAUGUCUUCAGUUUUGUUGCUAUUCUUAGAAGAAUGGCAGAAAACUCCAGGAUGAGUAAGAUGUCCGAAAAAGAUGAGGAAUGUACCUUUAGUUGGAAGCUUUUCACUGGAUGGGAUUACAUGAUUGGAAACGCAGAAACUGCUCUUAACAAGAGCGCUUCACUCAUUAUGAGCUUCAAGGAGGCAAUUCUCGAAGAAAAGGAGAAGAAAAAAGACGAACGGAAUUGGAAAGUGAUUGUUUUGCGUACAUUGGCGAAUUUCACAGUUAUCCUCCUCCUAGCGUCGAGUGCAUAUGCUGUCGUUUUGGUGGUCAAACGAUCACAAGAACCUGAAGCUGAGUCCACCUGGUGGCGGCAAAAUGAAGUGAGUAUUCUUGUCAAAAAUUCACCUCAUAAGCAAAUGUGUAUAACUAGUACUCUGUGCUCGGUGGAAAACGAUUCUCUUGGUUCAUACAUAACAACUGCGUUGUUCGAGUUAAAAACAAACCUCACCGUAAUGUUGGAGCAAACCACCGUUUUUUCAACUAUCUUAACAUCGACAGAAUCAUAUUCUACUUCGAACACCACGGUAAUGGAACCUUCUCGGUCCCUUGUUGGCCUGUCUCUAAAACUCUCUGAACCAGGAUUGGAUCGUGUUCAGACUGACAUGAACACGUGCAAUAUUGCAUUGCUGGUUAACUGUACCACAGUUCUUCUUUCAUGGGUGCGAAAUUCUAUCGGAAAGGAGAAAUUGAAUUUUCUAGAAAAGAUAAAGCCUUUUCUGUCAAGAAACAAAACUCUGAAAAAAAACUAUUUCAGUGAUCAUGAUGAUGAUGAUGGGAUUAGUACUGAGACUUUUUCUAAUUUCUUGAACUUCGAGAGAGAAAACGAAACAGUUGAGUGGUUUGUUGUCUGGAAUGAUACAAACACAUCCGCGCUGAUAAACACCACAAGGGAUCUAAAUAAUCAGUGGAACAUAUCAAUCGCAACCCUCUUGACUUCUAAUAAUCAAACUGAUUCCUUUCAAGAUGAUGCUCUGAAUCGAACUUUUGAAUCUUUUUUUGAAAGUACAAAUGCUUCACAAAAACAUAAUAUUUUAUCGUUGCUAAAUACUACGUUGUGGCAAUGGCUGUCUAUCAACAGCACAGACUUCAAUGGUAACGUGCCUGAUUCUUUAGAAAACUGUUUGAAAUUGAUAUCAAAUUGUGUAACCCACACUGAAGAAAAUGAUGGUUUGACAUCAUCUUCGGCUUCGACAGACCCUAGAUUGACGAAUGCUAAUAACGAAACAAGUAAUACCACAGAAAUACUAGCAAGGGAUUCCGAGAUCCCUCCAACUUCCACUAUACCGGACUGCGGUGAUAGGGAUUGUAUAUCUUACUAUAGCGAACAGACCACCGGAAGUGUGAGCCAGGAAAUGUCGACACUCACUACGAAAUGUGAGGGAAAAGAGUGUAGCACUGAAGAAGAUAUUGUAGGGCUUAUUCUUCAGGGAGACGACUCCAUUAAAGAACAACUUAGAAAAUUAUGCUGGGAAACUAUGUUUGGACAGGAACUUGUAAAAUUGACAGUGAUGGACUUGGUAAUGACAAUCAUCUCGAUAAUAUUAAUGGACUUUCUUCGGGCUGUGUUCGUGCGUUACGCUAACAAAUGUUGGUGUUGGGAUUUAGAAAAGAAAUUUCCAGGUUACGGAGAUUUUAAAAUAGCUGAAAAUAUUCUACAUCUAGUCAACAACCAAGGCAUGAUAUGGAUGGGUAUGUUCUUCAGUCCAGGCUUACCGGCUAUCAACACUGUCAAACUCUGUAUUCUACUGUAUGUGCGUAGCUGGGCUGUUAUGACCUGCAACAUUCCCCACGACACAGUCUUCAAAGCUUCCAGAUCUAAUAACUUCUACUAUGCACUGCUGCUUAUUAUGCUGUUUCUGUGUACUCUUCCCGUGGGCUUUUCUAUAGUCUGGCUAGAACCCUCUUGGCACUGUGGGCCUUUCAGUGGCUACAGCCGUAUCUACCGAAUAUUCACGAGCUAUUUGGAGGAUGUACUACCUUCGUGGAUGAACAAGGUUAUCGAAUAUAUCACCUCACCAGGAGUAGUAAUUCCAUUACUCUUAUUACUUGUGUUAAUAAUUUAUUACAUGAUCUCCUUGACUGGCUCUCUCCGUGAAGCUAACAAUGAUUUAAAGAUACAGCUACGAAGGGAGAGAACAGAAGAGAAGAAAAAGGUUUACGCCAUGGCUGACGGAAAAGGUGAAGACAAGAGUGUCGGAACCAGGUGGUCGUCUGCUAAAAAAAUAUUACCGGUUUUGCCGACAUGCAACAAGUUCCGGGCGUUAAGUCGUCAAAACGAACGUGUAACGGAUCGUCACGAUGAAGAAAGAAAUGUUACACGUGGUCAGCCAAAUAAUCAUAUAGAAACAAGAGUCAAAAGGCACGUGAAAUAUUCUUUAGCAUCUGAGGAAAAUCCUGUUGAUGCUCCUGAAACGUGCUAUAAUAGCAGAGAUGAGAAAACAGACGUUAAGGACCCAGAGGAGCCCUCAAGAAGAGAGACAGAACGUUUGGACACCGAAGACGUACCCGUCAUUACUAUCAGCCAUCCCGCCGACAAGGGUGUCAAUAAAAACAGAAAACUGACUCACCAACGGAGCACAGAUCGCACAAGCAAGUAUUCAGUGUUUUUUAGAAAUUUUUUACCUUGUUCAGUUUAG